AUGACGCAUUCUAUUUGGAGCCAUUUAUGCCACCAACCCACGGUUACAGCUUCUACCGACAAGUAUGAACACCUUGUUUACGAAUCGACAGCUGAACUCCAUCAAUCGUUUGAACCCGUCAUGUCAGCUUUGGAUCGACGCGCCAUGGCAUUGGCAAAGAGCGCCAGCUUUGAAGCAGCCCUUCGCGAUGCUAACGCCAUACAACAACUCUCGCCUUCUUCAGCACGUGGUUAUAUAUGUGCAGCCAAAGUUUACAGUGAACAAGGAAAACAACGCCAUGUCAUCGAUACCUGCAACCAAGGACUCGCUAUGAUUGAUAGAAUGGAUGCUGACUAUGACACUUUGCAACGAAUGAGGAUGGAUGCUGAGCAACGCGACAACACACGUAUUGAUUUUAUCAGCCAACUUCCUGUGGACAUUGCCAUCGCAACCCUCAUUCCUCUCUUUAUGAACCAUGUUACCAUGAUUGUCCUCAGACGAAACCCCUUUUUAUCUGUGUCCCAUACUUGGCUUGAUCGUAUUGUUCAAUCUCUCGGUGGAUUACCUUUCCUUAUUAAAUCCAAGGACGAUCUCGCCUUGCUAUAUGCGAUUAGGCUCUCUCGACAUACCAGGGAUUUGCAUGUUAGAGAUUAUACCAAAGGAACAUGGCUCGGCGAUUUAUUAUUGAAUAACGACUUUUCCUCGUUACAAAAGUUGCAUGUUGACAACUUCGGGAGCAAACACAUCAACCACUUUUUGGCAUCCUUGAGAUCCGUCGGCAACACUUUGACGCAUUUGCAACUUGACACGGAAGGAGGGCCUGCCAUAGAUAUACUCGACGUUAUGACAGCAUGCCCCAAAUUGACCACACUCUGCAUAUACCAUAUUAUGCAUGUUAAUGUCAGCUCGCGACCUAUGAUAACAUGGCCCACCUUGACAACAUUGACACUUUUAUUUGCAUACAACCCCAUCAGCUGUGACCAGAUAAUCAGCAUCUGGAAGCGAUUUCCUUCACUCAAGAAGCUUGAACUUGAUCCAUGCACCGACAUUUCAUCAACGUUUAUUGUCCCAGACUAUCGUCCAUCGAUGAAAAGUCUUCACCUUAAGAUGUCCUUUACGGGUGCUGAGCUUAUCUACACGGAUGAAGGAAACAGCAAUGAAGAGCCAGGGUUGACAAAGCUGAUCAUUGAGCCGUUUGAGUUAUAUGCAGGGGAGACGUGCAAGGAUACCAGUUCUAUCAUAAAGAGAUACCACAACACGCUUGAGCACCUUGAAUGGGAUAUGGAUACUAGCAAGGAUACAGAAAACAUUGAGCACCUUCAGUACCCUCGUCUCAAGAAACUUCGUCUCUGUUGGAGGCCUCAAGUAGUCGACAAGUCAUUUCUCCUCCAUUAUCUUAAACGUAUCGCCCGACAAUGCCAGCUCAAAGAACUUUUAUUGCGCUUAAACAACACGGAUCAAAUCGCCGGUAUCCUCGAUGCUAUCUACCGCUAUGCUCAACUUGAAUGCCUAAAGAUCAGUAUUGACGGAAGGUGGGAUCCCAAUGGAAUGGAAAAGUUCUUUGAUGGCCUUGUCAUAUCAUGCCCUCAUUUAUCUUGCCUCGAGCUCAGAAAUAUAACUGCACCAUCGGCCAAUACUUUGAAUACCCUCAAACGCCUUGAACAUUUACAGCGGUUUGCAUGCUCGAUCGAUGGGACGGAUAAUUUGGAUGACUUUUGGGAUGCACUUCGAACGUUUUCUCAGCUCAAGCACAUUAGGAUGUAUCCUAUUGCUGAUUGCCACCGCGACAGAGUCAAGUCUCUUAUGGGUCAACGGCCUGACAUGAAGGUCAUCUAUAGCAUACAUGCUCCACACUUCUGA